GCUCGCCUGAACAGCCUCGCGACGUGAAUCUUGACCAUCAUCAUGUCCUACUAGACGCUCUGUGCCCAAGGUGCAUCUAGCUCGAAGACUCACAGCUCUUUAGAUCCACAGCUCUUUCAAAUCGGUUCGCAAGCGCUCAAGCACCCACGACGCGCAAUUGGCCGAUACCUUACCCAAUCUUCGCCAAAACUCGCCUCGUCCAUCAGACCACUUCGCCCCAGCGGUGAUCGACGUACGCACAAACGCCUCACCCCUCAACCCUGAGCAUCAGCGCCAGCUCUACCCGAGAUCACAGCCAGAGAAUUCACCUCGCAAUCACAUACGCGCGUCCUCCGUGACCAAAUCAAGGCGCGGCAAGGGGCCCUGAAGCGGCGCCUUUUACUCGCCGGGCAGCUUCUCCACAAGACAAUAUGUCCCAUCAGCGAACAGCCUCCCAGAGCAGUGCUGUCUCGGUGGGCAGUACGACCUCUUCCGGAUCUCUCGGCACGUCAAUACCCGCUCUUCAUUCCCAGAUUCGUCAAUUGCGCACCGAGCUCGAGACGCUUCGAGCAGCACACGAUGCGCUUCUCGCACGCUCCGUUUCGGAAGAAGGCACCAAUGGGCCUUUGAACGCCGCCCAGGCUCGCAUCUCAGCUCUGGAGACUCAGGUGGAGACGGAAAGAAGCCUCAGAGAAGAUGAGGAGGCGAAGGUUCAGGAUCUGAGACUUCGUGCUGAAGAAUCUAGAAGAGCCAUCAUGCGCCUGCAAGGCGAGGCUGCUGGCACCAAAAAAGACAACAGGAGGAGCGUUGGUCCUUCCAGCUUGGCAAAUUGGGUGCCACCUUCUUCGGCUGGGUAUGAUCGGGACAGCUUCAACGUUGCCCCUACCUCCGGCGCUGCCGGCACGGGCGGUGCUAAUGGUAAUACCGGUUCUAGCACGGUAGACGAGGAAGAAAUGCUCGCUAGAAGACGCAGCAAGCGCGCAUCGUUGGCAUUUGGAGCUAGCGCCGCGGGCAGGUCUGGGUUUGGACCAGCUUCGAGCUCUCUGAUCGGUAUUGGUCACCGUCGCACGGCGAGCGGAGGAACGGAGGAUUCUGUGGGUGGAGGAGCUGGCGGCCUGCGAGAGCUUCGACUCGGCGGAACGGGUGGAAAUGCUGCGCUCGCCCCCGAGAGUGCCGCGACGGGAGGAGGCAAUAGCCGUCGGAGCAGUGCUCAUAGCAUGCUAUCGCCUGCCGGGUCGCACGCCGAGCUGGCUGGCACCUCACCCUCUGAUGGUCUUACGGUUCCCAUUCGGCCUUCCCCUUCUCCAAGUCCCAGCAACAUGACGAGCCCCAUUUUGGAAGACGAAGCUGAGCACUCUAUACUUCUCGCCGAGGAAUCCCCAGGAGGUGCUGAUAUGGAGGGCGAUGGUCCUACGCCCACUACGGCUCGCGCGCCUGGAGCAGGACCCCCCUCCGCAACAGGAGGUCUAGGCACAGGCACAGGUGUACGCGCACUUGCUGAGGCGCAGGGCAAACUUCGAGCUCGCGAGUCUGAACUGGAUCACGCGCGAAAAGAAGUCAGAAAGCUCAAGGAGCUUCUGCAAGAAAGCACGGAAGCUAGAGAUGCGUCCGAGUUGUGCCUCAAAGCUCUUCGGCAGUUCAUUGCUGAUGGUGCAGCUGCAGGGGGAUCAGGGGCACCUAACAGCGACCCUGGAAUCAGUCCCACGGAUACAGCUAUCAAGUUACCGCCCCUGCCUACCGACAAAGAUAUUGGUGACGAAGAGGGUACCAGUCCGAGCAAACGGCAGGCCGCCGCUGCUUCUACCUGGGGCGCUAGAUUUGGAAGCGCAUUUGCAAGGACCAAGAGCGAUACUCCAGCCGCCCUUCCAUCUGUCCCUCCGACGCCAACCGGACCGGACGCGUACACCAAGAUGCCGGAUACGCCAGGCCGUACAAUCAGUGCCAGUAGCGCUAAUGGCCUGCGCUCCCCGCCAGCUGCAGCCUCUGGUGGUCUCUCGCUUGCUGGCAUGUUCUCCAGAGGUGGUAGCACAGCUGCCAACGGACCCCUUUCACCGGGCGUUUCAGACGCUGGUAGUAACAAGAACCGAGAAAGUGUGACCAGCAUCGUCUCGGACGCCUCAACUGGUACGGGAGCUGCAAGCACCGCCGCUACGGAGCCUGAAGCGAGCCUGACUGCGCCCCCACCUGCAGUCACUCGAGGUCUUAGCAGCUGGUUCUCCAAACGCGCAUCCACAGCUACACCUCCAACGAGCAACUCGGCCUCUGCGGACUUGGCAUCGAGCAAAGCAAGCGAGAACGGCGCUGCGAGCCUCGCCUCUCCCCCUUUCGCCUCAUUGGAUCACUCCCAGCUGCACCGAGUGACGUCUAGCAAUGCUUCUUCGCCACCCAACUCGGCAGGCGCUGCGGGAAACGCUCUGCUUCUAGCAUCGGGUCUGCCUGCUUCUCCUCAGCCCAACGAGUCCGCCGCACAACAACAAGGAGCCACGCUGGGCGUCAAGCCUCCGCAUGUCGAGCUGAGCGAGAGGGCUAAACGCACAGCUAGCAGAACCAGCUUCGUUGCCGAGGACGAUGGCUUUGUCGGACCCUCGUUCACAUGAAUUCUGAGAGUCUGAGGCACAAAGCAGCGUUAUGCAGCUUCACAGCGGACGCUCGCUCAGCGUGCCGCACUUGUUGGGUACUGACUCGAUACCGCGUCUGCCAUCUCCGUCCCGCAUAACUACACUUGUAUCAUGAAACCUUCGUAUGACCAUCACGACGACUAAUCACAUUUCUUUGCGAGCGAGCGAGCGCAAUGUCUGGAGCAGG